CUUGCAAAGCUGGUGCACAGCCUUCUCCCCUAGCGACAGAAGCAUCAUUCACAGGGGGCAAGUAUCCUGCAGUGUAGUGGUGAUGUUCAGACCAGGGGAGGCAUCAGUAAUUUUUUGACUUGGUUUUAGACAUUCCUUUCCUUUGCUGCAACCUCCACUCCACAUCCGUGACUGCAGCCUUCUGCAUCCAGCUGAGAAGGAAAUUAUUUAUGAGCGAGGAGUCGGGGCUCCCUGCUCACAGCACUAGGACGCCGCGCCUGCUGCACACUCAGCCACAUGCUUGAGGAUGCUGCAUCUGAAAGUCCAGUUCCUGGAUGACGCCCAGAAGAUCUUUGUAGUUGAUCAAAAAUCCUGUGGAAAAGGGCUGUUUAACCUCACCUGCAGCCACCUCAACCUGGCGGAGAAGGAGUACUUCGGGCUGGAGUUUCGCAGCCAGGCCGGGAACCACGUCUGGCUGGAGCCACUAAAACCCAUAACAAAGCAAGUCAAAAAUCCUAAGGAGGUUCUUUUCAAAUUUAUGGUGAAAUUUUUCCCAGUGGACCCUGGACAUCUGAGAGAAGAGCUGACCAGGUAUCUCUUCACGCUCCAGAUCAAGAAGGACCUGGCGCUGGGGCGGCUGCCCUGCAGUGACAAGAGCGCGGCGCUGCUCGUCUCCCACCUGCUGCAGUCUGAGCUGGGUGACUUCCACGAGGAGACAGACCAGCAGCACCUGGCCACCCACAGGUACCUGCCCAACCAGGAGUACCUGGACAACAAGAUCAUGCACUACCACCGAAGGCACGGGGGGAAGACGCCAGCUGAGUCGGACGUCCAGCUGCUGGACGUGGCCAGGAAACUGGAGAUGUAUGGGAUUCGCCCGCACCCUGCCAGCGACGGCGAGGGGACGCAGAUCAACCUGGCCGUGACACACAUGGGGGUGCUGGUCCUGCGGGGCAAUACAAAGAUCAACACAUUCAACUGGUCCAAAAUUCGCAAACUGAGUUUCAAGAGGAAGCAUUUUCUCAUCAAGCUCCAUGCAAACAUUUCUGCACUGUGCAAGGACACGCUGGAGUUCACCAUGGCGAGCAGGGAUGCCUGCAAGGCUUUCUGGAAGACGUGUGUGGAGUACCACGCAUUCUUCCGGCUGUCUGAAGAGCCCAAGUCAAAGCCCAAAGCCCUUCUGUGCAGCAAGGGCUCGAGUUUCCGCUACAGUGGGAGGACACAGAGACAGCUGCUGGAGCACGGGAGGAAGGCGAAGAUGAAGAGCCUGCCUUUUGAGAGGAAGCACCACGCAUCCCGCUAUGACGAGAGGCAGUGCCGUUCUUCCCCGGACCUCCUGACAGAUGUGUCCAAGCAGGUGGAGGAGCUGCGCCUGGCCUAUGGCAGCCGGGGCUCCUUCCGCGCUGCCAACGGGGUGCACACCUCGGAGCCCACGCUGGACAGCCGCUGCUGUAGCUCCACCACAGAGGUGACAUUCGCCGCCGAGCUGGAGCGCUCCAAGCCUGAAGCAGCCCCCGUCUUCCUGCCCCACUCCAAGAGCAGCUCCGCCUUCCCCCUGCUCUACGCGGAGCUGGAGCUGGAGCGGGCGUGGGAGCCCGCCGACCUCUUUGGCUCCAGGAACCCCUUGACAUCCUUUCGGCCCCACCACAAGUUUGCCGGGAACAGUAAGAGCACCUCGGUGGGCAACAUGCGGGAGGUCAGCACGAGGCCGCUGGUGUACACAGACGUGCCAUGCCCCCAGCCACUGGCCACCCCGGCCCCGCAGGUCCUCUUUUACGUAGACAGGCCACCACAGCCCCUGUGCCACGUGCAAACGCCCAGCCAGGAGGCAGAAGGAGCAGCCGGUGGUUGCAUCCCCACGGCCACAAAAACACCCAAGUGGAGCCCAAGCACUGCCUGGACGGGGGAAUUACAGCACGAGGCUUCACACAGGGCUGUGGGCACCAGCGCAGCCCCAGAAGGGGGGAGCAGGUCGCUGGCUCGCUCCUUUGAUUAUGGCCUUCAAGAGCAGCCUCCCAAACGGUCCUGGAGCCAGUCGGACAUGAAAACCAUCCGCUUCCCCCACAGCUCGGAGUUCAGGCCCCUGGGCCCACGCCCUGCCCUGAGCAGCCGGAAGGCAGGAAUCCUACGGCACGCGCUGGCCCAGCAAGGGCUCACGCCACGGCCGCGGCACCCCGCCGAGCGCUACGUGGGCAGCAGCACUGAGUCCAGCGACUCCGACUCCGACCUCCUGGCCGCUGAAUACUGCUCCCUGUACGGCCGGGUGCUGCGGUCGCCCAUGGCUCGGGUGCGGCUGUCCUCUGGCAGCCUCCAGCUGGAAGAAGAGGAUGAAGAGGUGUCCUGCGCGACCGGCGCUGCUGAAGAGAGGACUUCCAGGGGGGCCUCCAGGUACUUCACUUAGGUGCCUCACACCGGCUGAAAGGAGCCACAGGUGGCCAGGACUGAUCCGGACCCACAGAAUGGUCACAGUCCUGCUUGCAGGGCUGCUUACUGCUUGCGAAACGUUGCGAUGGACUCAUGUUGUGUGAGUGCUCUUAGCUGUAGAGGAAGUGUUAAGGGACAGCUGGGGAAUGUUCAGAGGUACCCAUCUCCUGC